GCCUUCACAACGACAAACCGACUCUUGUCAUCGUCAGACAAGGUCAGACUACCCCUUGCGCUUACGCGCUCUCGCGAUUCCUUUCGGACCUUUUCGACCCGCAAUACUUGAUUUGACCUGGACCGCUUUAUUAUAAGCCCCAAGGCCGUCUCAAACCAGCUAAGCAUCAAGCCAAUUCCCAAGCCGAAGUUUCUCCACUGUCUCCCUCCUCAGGCUCAGCUUCACCCAUAUCCAUAUCUCCACCAUUCCACGAACAAAACCUCCGCAUGCCCGUCAAAGACCGUCCUAGCGAUCGUACAGCAACCUCCCGCCGCACGUUCGAGGAUGGAGACGAUUCAGAUUGGCCUCCACGUCCGAGUCCGGAGCGGGAGACCGAGGAGCAGCGGACAGAGAGAUUGGAGCGGGAGAGGGAGGCGAAGCGGGUGAGCGAUGAUAUCGAUUGUGAGUUAGAGGCGGAGAAGAUUGAGAGGAGGAAGAGGAAGCCGGAUGUGAAGAUAUUGUUGCUAGGCCAAGCCGAAUCCGGAAAAUCGACCAUGCUGCGUAACUUCCAGCUUCAAUACACUCCACAAGCUUUCCGCACCGAAGCCGAAGCCUGGUCCGCGAUCAUUCACCUCAACCUCGUCCGGUCAGUCAACUUCAUACUCUCCCUCUUGCUGGAGCGAGAACAUGGGAAGAGUUCCAUGGCAUUGACGGACGAGUUGAGGAGGCUGAGAAUGAGGUUGAGUCCGCUUCGGAGCGUGGAGGAAGCGUUCCUAAAGUUCGUCACGGGGAGCGCAGACCCACACACGUUCGACCCUCGAGUCGGCUCGACGACGAGCUGGCAGCGCAAGAAAGGGUACGAGCGGACGUUUGAGGUUUCUGUCAAAUCCGGGUCCAGAUGGAAAUCAUUGUUUAGGCCGCUUUCUGGGAUGAGCAGUUCGGGCCAGCCGGUCAACGGGGCGGGAGGGAAAGCCGGGGUGUAUGACGAGCUGAAGAAUGCGAGGAUGGUGUUAGCGGCGUGCAGGGAAGAUAUUCUGGCACUGUGGGAGAAUCCGGUCGUGAAGACGGCAUUGGCAAAGGAAAGCAUGAUGCUGGAAUUUCAGAGCGGGUUUUUUUUGGACCAGGUCGAGCGAAUAGCAGCGCCAGGGUAUAUGCCAACAUCAGGAGACGUCCUCAAAGCGCGUAUCGAGACCAUGGGCGUCGAAGAACAUCUCCUAAAGAUGGAAACAGGUGGGAUUCGUGGCUUCAACAAUACUUGGGCUAUCUAUGAUGUUGGAGGCAGUCGGAGCCAACGUGCUGCAUGGCUGCCGUAUUUCGAUGACGUCAAUAUGAUUUUGUUCAUUGCUCCCGUAUCGGCCUUCAACCAAGUCCUCGCCGAAGAUCGGAGUGUCAAUCGAUUAUGGGACACAAUAUUCCUCUGGAAGUCCAUUUGCGGAAGCAAACUACUGCAGAAAGUCGAAUUUGUGCUGUUGUUGAACAAGUACGAUAUUCUCGAGGCGAAGCUCAACUCGGGAGUACUGUUCCGGAAGUUUGUGACGUCGUAUAAGGACAAGCCUAAUGAUAUUCAGAAUGUACUGUCGUAUCUGAAAGGCAAGUUCGCGAUGAUCUAUAAGCAGAAUCGACAGAGCGGGGGUAUGUUGCACAUCCAUGUUACUUGUGCAACGGAUGCAAAUGCCACGUCCGUUGUUCUGGGACGAAUUCGCCAAUCCAUUUUCACGGAACACUUCGAGAAGGCCGACCUUUUAUGAAAGAGUUCCGACGUACGCGACGUGCCACUGGGUGUUGUGCUCAACGACUCCACAUUCUACUCCCUCAGCGCCCAUCAAGAUGUCUUCAUUCAUAUGCACCUCAUGUUUACCUUCACUUUUACUCCGUCGUAUGUUCUCUUUAUCCUUUGUUUCUAAAUACUUCGUAACACGCGAUCCACAGCAACGCGCACAUCUUUAUCCUUCCAACUUAGGGCCACACAACCUAACGAUCUCAUUCAUUUUGUUCUUCUACUUUUACCUUCUGUUCUGCCUUGUAGUUGGAUAUAUUGUUCUUGAUUUAUACCUUGUAUAUGUCUAUUAUCUCUGUCACUGUGUCGGUCAAUUCUGUAUCAUGCACACUGAGGCUGCGUCCCUUUACGAUCCAAUUUACUUGCAGAACACACGCUAGUUACGCUUUACGCUUCGCCUUCCGC